UGUCUUAAUUAAUUAAAAGGAUAUGUAGUAUUGAGAAUCUGCAAUCAACAAGAACCUCUUGCUAGGGAAAAAAACAAAUUGAUGGAAAAAUUUAUAAAUAAAGCAUGGCUUUCUAAAUUCUGUUUUAAAAGACUGCAAUUUAAAAGAUAAUUUUGGAACAAUAAAUGUCAAUAUACGUUUGGUAUUUUGCAUUAAACUCAAUUGUGUUAUUUUGAUGAGAUUUUUGAGAACAGAGUAAUUACAUUUCUCAAUAAGCCACUUGGAUGCCAUAUAACAUAUUAAUUCUUAUUUAUAAAAACAGAUAAAAGCACAGAAAGCAAAAACUUGCGAUAACAUUUCACUUUAUUCGCAAUAGUAGUAAAUAUGAAAUAGUAUUAAAUAUUGAACGGUAUUAAAUCUGCGCAUCUCAACAUAUUUUUUAUAUUUUUGCAUUUAAAAUGAAACAUGAAUAUAAACGUUUUAUUGGCUUUUUGAAGGGAAAAUAAAAAGGAAGUAUUUGCGCAGUUAAAAUAAAUAAUUCUGAUAUUAAAGCUACUGUAUUAUAACACUUGAAUCAUAUUUGAGUGAAAUUGGAAUGAAAAAUAUGCAAAAGGAAUAUUCAGGCUAUCAAUUGUGAACAGAGAUUAAUAUUUUUAUAGUAUUUUGCACAGUAUAUAUCUCUGUACUCUUCUGGAAAAAACAUUUGAUGAAAUCAUUACUUCCGCUAUAUACAUCAAUGAGACUUUAAAAGUCUUCAAUGUUUUGGAAUACUCAGCAUUAUUCUUAUCGCACAUUGCUAGCAUAACAAAAUUGCAUAACAAAUAAUUGCCACACAAAUUACGUAUGAUACAGUGUGAUAAUAAGAUUGAAACUGCCAUAAAAAUAUAAAUGUAAAAUGGCAAAGAAAAAGAGCUACCUAUAACUGAACAGUAUCGAUGAAAGAUACUUCUUUUUCUGAGAAGAAAAGAAGCUUAUCUAAAUCUGUGCUCGAAUUUUGAAAGAGUAUAAGGAAACAUGACAGAUGUUAAACCGAUUGGAAUUUCACCGUCUCAACCACAGCAGCAGCAGCAGUCACAGCAACAACAACAAUCCCAACAACAAUCUCAACAACAGCAAAUAAUGAUCACUCACGAUUUGCAACAGCAGCAGAAUGUUCAGCAGCAACAACAACAGCAUGUACAGCAAUCGCAGCAGCCUCAACAGGUCCAACAGUCUCAACAAGUGCAGCAACAACAGGUUCAAUCGCAGCAGCAGAUUCAACAACAGGUCCAGUCGCAACAACAAAUACAAGUUCAACAGCAGCAGCAACAGCAACAACCCCAACAACCACAACAGCAACAGCAAAAUAAUGGACCCCACAAUGUUGUUCCCACUCAAGUUCAAGUGCAGCCACAGGUAGCUGCAAGUAUGCCUCAACAACAGUUGCAGGGCGCUGUUGCAGUAUCGAUGCAGCAUCAGCAACAGGGAGUAGGUGGUGUAUCCAUGACAUUAUCUGGUCAACAGGGUGGAACUACUAUAACUACAAUGGCUGCACAUCCACAAGCAGUCCAAGUGAUUCAACAACCACUCCAGAGUCAAGCUUAUCACUUACAACAAUUAUAUAAUACUCAAGGCACACCUUUAUUGAUGCCAGGAAAUCUUGCAUUGCAUCCAGCGGGCAUAAAUCCUUCUUCUAUUCAGGUGAUAACAGCUGGAAAGCCAUUUCAAUCUGCAGCUCAACUGACUCCUCAUAUGAUAACGGGAUCAACACCCGGCCAAGGCGGUGGUCAUCCUGGUGCAGCUGGCGCCAAAGUUCAAGGAUUUCCUGCUGGCUAUUUACCAGUACCCACAUCUGCUACUCCUGGUGCUGGUCAAACACUGGUCUUUGGUCAACUUGGUGUAUUAGGUUCACCGCAACCGCCACCUUCGUUGCAACAGCAGCAACAGCAACAAUCCGCGAAUAAGCAAGACCAGGUGCAAAAGUAUACAGCCUGCACGGCCGGGGCACCUUCUGGUGGAAGACCCGGUGGUAUGCAAUUUGCACCUUGGCAAUUUGCGCCACAAGUAUGGACUGGAUUGCAACAACCAACUCUACUCACUACCGGGCCUAAUCAGAUAUUCAUUCGCGGUGCGACGCAACCAGACAUGUUCAUACAAAGUCCACAACCGAUACAAACGCACAAUGCUCUAGCGACACAGCAACAGAUACAGGGUGUGCAGCAGAUAACAGCGGCUAGCGGUAAGCCUACUAAAGUCAUGGAUAUUCAGCAGCAGCAGGCGCAGCAGGGUAAACCAAACACGGGCGGACAGCGGCCUUUAAAUAUUCUGCCAUCAUCCUUGGCAGUGCAAGCUGCCAAUAUGCGUGCCGCUAGUUCUGUCUCCACGCAAACUGUUCAUGCACAAGCGAAUAAGGGCGGCGGUGGAGGGAAAGGCCGUGGUAAACCGAUGCAAUCUCCGCAGCAACAACAGCAACAGCAAGGUCAACAAACGAUACAACAGCAGGUCUUCAUUCAACAAAAACAGCAGCAGCAGCUGCAACAGCAGUAUCAGCAACAAGUGCAAUCCUCCCAACAGCAAAUACAACCUAAACCCAUUAUGAGUAAGACUAUUUGGCUAACGAAUAUGACACUGCAACAACAGCAACAAUCUGGCGUUGUCUUGGGCACAGAUCGCUCUAUUAUGCCAGUGGUCUCGGUAGGAGGUGUUGGAGUUGGAGUCGCAGCCACACCGCAAAUGAAUCAGGUACCGCAGCCUUCGAUGCCGACAGUACAACAGCUUCCUUUACCGGUAAAUCAAACGAUAAUAAGUAAUCAAAUAGUGAACGGAGCGUCGCAGGUUCAAGCGAUGCCGAUCAUGAACGCGACCCAGGAUCAGUCGGCGCACGAAAACACCAAUUCGGCUAUAAUGAUCACGUCGCCAGAUCGUAAUCCGCAAGCUGAAUGCUCCAUCAUACUGCCAUCUACUACAAAUCUAGCUCCAAUGACAACUGACGAUAGUAUGAAGUUAGUUUUGAAAAAGGAUGACAUGUCUGUUGCUACGGAAGAAAUCGCGGCAGCAGCACCUCAGACGGAAAUAAUAGAUGGAGAUCUAUGUAAGACGACGACGAAAGAGGAAGAAAUAAUUGCUUCAAAGAUAGAAGAGAAACAGUGCAAUAACCCAUUAGCGGGACUUGCCAAUGCAGUCAACGCUAUUACGAACGGUGUUACCGGCGAUGAGUCACCGAAUAUGGCGAUUUCAACACCAAUCACAGUGAACAAUAAACAAGCACCACCUAAAGCUAUGGUGAAACCACAGGUCCUUACCCAUGUGAUAGAAGGAUUUGUGAUACAAGAAGCAUCAGAACCUUUCGCAGUAAGUCAGGAGACUACUAAUAUCCUCAAUCGAAGCAACACAGCUACGGAGAGAGAAACUCACGAAGAACCUGCAAAGAAGAAACAUUGUCCUAAUUAUUUGAAUGAAGAGGAUGGAGCUAAUGGCCAAGUCAACAAGUGUGAAGGCUGCGGUAACGCAAUCGAUGAACAGAACGUCAAGCUCAAAAAAGAGAAACGAUUCUGCUCAUCAAUAUGUGCAAAGAGUAAAAACGCGAAACACGAGAUCGCGAUGGCACAGAAAAACAGUGGACUGAAAUAGAGACUGAAACUAAAACUGUCGAUAAUGACAUAGCGAAGAAGAACGGCGAAGAGAGAUCAUUAU